UGCGGAGCCCGCCGCUCGUUCGCCAUGUCAAGUCCCAGCAGCCGCAAGUUCAAGACCGGGGACCUGGUGUUUGCCAAGGUGAAGGGCUAUUCUCCUUGGCCUGCUAGGGUCGAGCAGAUAUCCCAACCUAACCGGUACCAGGUGUUCUUCUUCGGGACCUACGAGACGGCCGUUCUGAGCCCCAAGCGUCUCUACCCCUACGAGGAGUGUAAGGAGCGGUUUGCCAAGGCCAGUAAGCGCUGGGGCUUCAGUGCGGGGCUGUGGGAGAUCGAGAAUGACCCCAAGGCCGAGCUGGAGCCGGAGCUGGAGCCAGAGCUAGAGCUGGAGCCGGAGCUGGAGGCCGAGCCAGAGCUGGAGCCAGAGCUAGAGCCAGAGCUGGAGCCGGAGCUAGAGCCAGAGCUGGAGGCCGAGCCAGAGCUGGAGCCGGAGCUGGAGGCCGAGCCAGAGCUGGAGCCGGAGCUAGAGCUGGAGCCGGAGCUAGAGCUGGAGCCGGAGCCGGAGCCACAGCCACAGCCACAGCCACAGCCACAGCCGGAGCCGGACCCGGACCCGGACCCGGACCCGGACCCUGAGCCCACCGAGGACCAGCAGGAUAAGGCCCUGUUGAAGCGGGGCAUGGAGGACCCACCUGGGGAUGCCCCCAAACGGUCCAAGGCCUCCUCGCUGAAUGGCCCGGAGCAAGAAGAGGAAGCUGAAAAGGAAGAGGAGAAGGAUGAGGAGGCAACCAGGGAGGAGCCUGAGGAAGAGGCCAACAAGGCCAUGGCCCCAGGUGGCCUGUAGUCAUUACCUUACAGAAAGAGCCCCUACCGACCCUGCUGCACCCAGCUGUGGAUGGAGAAACCCUUCUGGCUACACCGUGGGACUCCUCCUCCCACCUCCACCAUUCUCUUCUCCGCUUUUUCCCCAAUCCUGGCCCCAAGCAACUUGAUGGGACAAGCUACCUGAUGGGACAGACUGCUUCAUGGUGUAGUUACUUAACAGGACAUACCACCUGGAAAGGACUCAUUACCUGGAAUGGACAGGAGGCAGUUAGAUGGGACAGACCACGUAGGAAAGACUGGUCACCUAGAAGGGCCAGGCCACCUGGAACAGGCAGGCCCAUUGGAUGGGACAGACCACUUGGAUGGGACAAAAUACCAGAAUUCCACCUGCCUGAUCACCAUUUGUCAUCCAAGUCAAGGCCCUUGUUGCCCAGCACGAGGCACCAUCGUGUCUUUUGGGAUCUCAAACUACUUCUCAGUGGUGCUAUUAACGUGGGUCGGGUUCUCUCUAAUUCCUAACACACAGCCUCCCCUGCCUUAGGCAUCCUGUACUUCUACCUUGAAAUCCAGUAGGAGUAAUAAAGGAGAAUGAAGAGCAGCUGACUUCCAGGAACCCAUCAACUGCAGUGGUAGGGGAGCAGAAGGGUAACAUCUAACUGUUGCACUUCUUCCUGUUCCUUCAAAAACAGCUCUGUUCUAUAAAUUCCAGGAAAGUGAAACAGCUAUUAGGAAAGGGCCUUCCCUUACUAAUCCUUAUGUCAGUCAUGGAGUCCUGGGGUUGAUCAUUUUUUUGUGUGCGAAACCAUUUGUGACACCCCAGUAUUUCUGCAAUCUGAAGGGAUCACUUUGCCAGUAGAGGACAUGGGCAGAUUGGGAGAAGUGAGGAUGAACAGACUCCAUGCAGAUACCUGAGGCCAUCCAUGAGAGGCCCUGGAGAAACCUUUGGCUGCCUGUUCUUUCUCCUUGCAGCCUGAAGGCCACCGUGGUUAUGUACCUCCUAUGUGUAAAAAGAAAGGCACAGAUUUUAAGCAAACUUUUAAAUAAAAGGAAGUUUUUAAAAAUUAAGAAGUUACUUUGGGUGUGCCUCUAUUCUAUUCCCAGGUGUCUUGGUGGUAUACCUGUGGAGGCUGCCUUUCUGGGUUCAGUAUGUUUGUUCUAUGAGUUAGGGUUUUGAUAUUCUGUUUUGGUGUCUGUCCAAAUGCUCUCACUUGGUCUCUUUGGUACUGUCACCAGAUCCCAUAAGUAAUCUGAGAAGGAAAUAAGUGUCCUCUCUCAGCCUCUUUCUGGUGGGCUCUCUGUGCCUUCCUUCAUCUUUUCUCGCUUUAACCCCUGCCCUCCUCCCUUGGGCUCUGAUGAAAA